UUUGUGUAUGUGUGGUGAUGUAACAUCAGCAUUUAACCUCAUCUUUCUUCUUCAAAGAUUACUGUGUAUAAAACUUGGGAAUUAGUGUAAUAAAUACCAACAACAAUGUCGCGAGUACCAGACCCUCCAAUAAAUCCAGCGAUAUUAGCAGAGAGGCCCAUGGGUAUAAAACGUCGAGUGGGUCGCGAAAGAGAGCGAAUGUUGGGAAUGACAGAUGAAGAACGGGCUUGGAGAAAAAAAUGGUUGGAUGCUCAAAAACUGGCUCCUGAGGAGCCAAUAAUGCCGAAAGGCAUGUACAAGGAGAUGUACAAUCCAAUUAGAAGAUUGUACAAAACACCUAUGGAUAAAUUCCAGAAAGGUUUAGAACGUUAUUUGGGUUAUACAGCUGCUUUUAUGACACGACACACUAUAACAAAGUCAUUUAUGGGUUUGUGUGGGAUAUAUUACAUGUUUUACUAUUUUAAAUACAACAAAAUGGAUUGGACAAGAUACGGUGGAUGGAAAGUCUAUAUGUCAAGACCCAUGAUGUAUCCAGACACUAAAGAUCUAAAUGUGUUGUAUAAAACGAAAGGCAAUCAAUUCUAUGUGAAUAAUUUUGACAAAUCUCCGAUAUAAUAUUUAAGAAUAUGCUGUGAGAAUAUCUUCUCUUUGUAUAGUAAUAUUAUUUCAGUAACAUCUACAAAUUUGUUACUGGAGUAACAAAUACGAUGUUAAUAAACGCCGCUAGUUAUAAAUAUA